AUGUGCUGCACCAGGCCGCCUCAUGUUUCAGUUGGUACGAUAUUCUAUAUAUCGCGAUACAUGUAUAGACGUUAUACUUCACUCAUAAGGUUGCUGAACACUUCUAGACAGCACACGUUGGUUUUCACGAGAGACUCAUCUGAAUUUCUCGUUUAUGAUAUUUUACGACUAAAUGUACUGCUCACAGGCCGCCUCAUGAUUCAGUUGGCACGAUAUUCGAAUAUCAUGAAGCGGCCU